AUGGCAAUCCCUAUAGCCAUCUUAGACUGCGAUCUUCUAUUAUAUGGUCGAGGGCACAAGACGCUGGACCGCUUUGACCUGGAUUUGGUCUCAGACAACUUCCUCCUCACAAAUUUUGGCUUCCCCAAAGACUUCAUCCUUUAUCUGGUGGAAUUACUCAGAGAGGCUCUAUGCAGACGAACCCAGAGGUCCAGAGCCAUCAGUCCUGAGGUUCAGGUCUUGGCUGCAUUAGGCUUCUACACAUCUGGCUCAUUCCAGACCUCUAUGGGGGAUACGAUAGGGAUCAGCCAGGCGUCAAUGUCAAGAUGUGUGUCCAAUGUGACCAGAGCUUUGGUGGAAAAAGCUCCCCAGUUCAUUACCUUCAAUAGAGAUCCAGCUAUUAGAGAGCAGUCCUUCCAGGAGUUUCAGAGGGUUGCAGGAUUUCCCGGUGUUUUCGGAGUGCUGGACUGCGUUCAGGUUGCCAUCAAAGCUCCAAACAGUGAAGACACGUCAUAUGUAAAUAAGAAGGGGUUUCAUUCUGUGGCCUGUCAGCUAGUUUGUGACGCCCGAGGGUUGUUACUCAGUGCAGAAACACACUGGCCGGGUGGACUGCAAGACAUGGUGGUUCUUGAAAGAUCAGCUCUCUACAAACAGCUGCAGGACACAGAGGAAGGCUGGCUGCUCGGGGAUGGACGUUAUCCUCUAAGAAAGUGGCUGAUGACCCCAGUCGAGUGCCCCGAAUCCCCUGCAGAGUUUCGGUAUAAUCUGGCCCAUCUAGCUACACAUGAGAUAGUGGACAGGACAUUCAGAGCCAUCCAGACCAGAUUCAGAUGUUUAGAUGGCAGCAAAGGAUAUCUACAGUAUUCUCCAGAGAGGAGUUCAUCUAUUCUGCUUGCCUGCUGUGUUCUCCACAAUGCUUCCCUUCAGUCUGGAUUAGACGCCUGGACUCUGGAGAGGACGGAGCCUCUUGAGCAACCCAAGACCCUCAAACAGAAACCAGAGGACCGUGACAGCCAAGCAGAGGAGCUCAGAAAACAGCUCAUACUUAAACAUUUCAGCUAAAGGGGACAAAGACCAAGUGAAGACUGGGACAAGUGCAUUUUUUUUAUCUAAAUAAUAAAUACCAGAGUUUCUAAAAAAAAAAAAAGUCCAUAGACA